AUGAGUUCUACGGAAAACAUACAAUUCAUUAAUCACAUUUUGAGGGAUAAAGAAAUAUACAAUUAUGUGAUACAUUUAAAAAGAGUGAACAUUAGAGACGGCGACGACGAGGCGAUCAAGCUUUUGAAUACCUUGGAAUUGUUCGCAUUUGGAGAUUACCUGAAUUUUCUUUGCUAUCAUAAUCAUUACAUAACUCUCGAUUAUUUGUUAUUAAUCAAGUUAAUCAGGUUAACAAUAUUAUCUGCUGCAACGCAAGAAGGACUGACAAUCAAAAUAGAUAGAUUGCUUGCUGGCUAUAAAUUAGGGGCGGCAAUUGAGCAUUAUAUUGAAAUCACAGGUGAUAAUGUUUCCAAGGAGCUAAUGCUUGAGAAAAUAUGUAUUGAUAUGGUUGAUGAUUCAAUAAUUGAAAUAAAGUUCGAUGAUGUAGAAAAAACUAUUCUCAUAGGUAAAACAAACACAAUUCGAGAUUGCUUUGACGCUAAUACCACAGUUCUAAGAGUUUUAAAAGAGCAAGAUAUAUCUGGCAAAAAUUUAUCUAAUGCGUUAAAAAGUUUGCAAGGAUGGUAUGAAGAAAACCUAGAUCCAACUAAGAAGGACCUAGAUACCCAGAUAGAUAAUAUGAACAAAAUGCAGUCAAAGGAUAUAAACCUCAGAAAGAGAAAGCCAUCUGAUAACUGUUCAAUUUAA